AUGAAGAUCACUGCCUGCAUUCUUGGUCUUGGUGCGGCUCUGGUGGCCGGCCACGGAUACGUCGACAACGCGACCAUCGGAGGAACAUACUAUCAGUUCUAUCAGCCGUACUCUGACCCUUACUACUCCACUCCUCCUCAGAGAAUUUCCCGCGCGAUCCCAGGCAACGGACCUGUUGAGGACGUGACUUCGAUCGACAUCCAAUGCAACGGAUACACUGCUGGGGGAGUCAGUGGCUCUAAGCCCGCGCCUCUUCACGCCACUGCCGCCGCCGGCUCAUCUGUCACCCUGAAAUGGACGCUGUGGCCUGACUCUCAUGUCGGCCCAGUCAUCACCUACAUGGCACGAUGCCCCGAUACUGGCUGCACUAGCUGGCUCCCGGGCACCUCCGCCGUGUGGUUCAAGGUCAAGGAGGGCGGUCGCGAUGGAACGUCCAACACCUGGGCUGACACUCCUCUCAUGGUCGCCAACUCAGGCUAUCAAUACACCAUCCCGUCCUGCCUGAAGCCCGGAUACUACCUCGUUCGCCACGAGAUCAUCGCCCUGCACGCGGCUUACUCUUACCCCGGCGCCCAGUUCUACCCGGGAUGCCACCAAUUGCAGGUUACUGGCUCGGGAACCAAGACUCCUACCUCGCUGGUUGCCUUCCCGGGUGCAUACAAGGCCACUGACCCUGGUAUCACCUACGAUGCCUACAAGGCACAGACUUACACCAUUCCUGGUCCUGCUGUGUUCACUUGCUAG